AUGUUCGAGCGCACUGGGUCUGCUGGAGGUGCACCUCAACUACCUAUAGAAGGUGUUGACCCGUCCUCAGACAGCGAGAACUACCAGACCUCUAACAUAUCGUCACCUACAAACUCUUCACAGUCUAGUAGGGAUGGUGAGGCUGAAGGCUCAGCAUUGGCCCGGGCCUCGUAUGGGACUUGGCAUACUAUCCAGCCUGGCCUCGUCUUCCUAUCGCAUCACAUAUCCCCCUUUGUAUGGAGACUAGUACUACUAUGGUCCAAACUAAUCUUGGUCGGACUUAGCAUAGUAUCAGUGACGAUAUCGGCAUGGAUUCUCUAUUGGGUCGUACACUGGUUGGUCAUACCCAAGCAGCUCCAUUCCUUCCCGGUUUACUUCGACUAUAGCGCCACGCCUGCCUGUGCUACAGUGUCCUUCUCUAACCGGCAAUGGUUCGAUACUACAGCGAGUCGACAGGCUUUGGCUGCCCCGUUAUUGGACCUGCCGGCCCCAUCAGUCGACUAUGAUGUGACCUUGGCCCUGGAUUUACCUACUAAUCACUACAACCUCGAUAAGGGUCCUGUUAUGGUAGAUGUUACUCUGUACGGUAUGAAGGGCCAAGAUGCGCCUACGGCCCGCUCCCGACGGCCACUUCUACUGCCUUACCACUCUUCCUUGUUGAGAACGAUGCGGGAGUGGCUGAUGGUCCUACCAGCCUUGCUAGGGUGGACAGUCGACGAGUUCACUGCAACGGUGCCUUUGUUCGAAGAACUCAAUGUGGAGGUCUACGAGAGUUCCACAUUUCCACUAUUAUCGGCUACGGUCCAAGUCGUCUCUGCUGCUGGCUUUGUUGUUGGCGGACACGUGGCUGAUGGCGUCUCAGUGGAGAUCUACUCAAUCGGUGGAGGAUUGAAAGGCAAGAUGUGCGAUGCCAUAUAUGAGACCCUACACACAGAGUUUGGAGUGGAGGCUGCGCAGGCCGUGGUGAGGUUCCACAAUCUGGAUCCCGCUGAGUAUGCGAUGAAUGGGAAAACCUUUCGUGUGAACCUAUGUUGA